GGGUUCCUUUGGCAACGAUUCCAUGAUAUCGACUUAACAAGAUAUCACCUACUUGGUUCGAUGUAAAUAAAAGUUCUAUGAGUAAUCUUCAUUGUAGUUAGUUUGCUUGUGUUUGUUGCACAAAUUAAGAAGUCAAAAAGAUGGGUGGCAAAAAGAAGAAAUCCAAAACGAGUAAGCUGUUGAAGAUGUCUGAUGAAGAAAGAGCAAGAUAUUUUCAGCAUAAAGCUGAACAAGAAGAAGAAGCGAAGAGGAGAAAAGAACAGCUUGUUAAAACGUGGAUGAUUAAAAAAAUGAAGAAAGAACAAGCCUUCAGUAGACGGAAUCUGGCAAAAAUAAAUACCUACUGGCUUCAAUUUUUCCGCAAGAUAAAAGUGAAAGAAAUGCGGGAAGAAAUUAAGUAUUUGCAAGAAUGGCUAGAUUACAUACUAACACUUAAAAACAGGAUCAUCAAUAAUCUUAUGAUCGAACUUCAAGAAGCUGAAGCUCAGUAUUCGUAUAAUUUCAAAGCUCACUGUAUACACAUAGAAAACUUCACAGAUUUCCAUAAAAAUUGGAUCUCCGAAUUGCAGAAUUUAUUCGACGAUGAUAGAUACGAAAUGACUGAAUUAUAUUUAUUAAACAUGGAAGAAUACAAAAGACGUUCCAAGGAAAACGAAGACUACUUAAAAACUAUCAUAUUCGCUCAAAACAAAAAUGCAGAUAUUGCAUUCAGGGAAGAUCAUGAAUAUUACACGAAGAGAAGCUACGAAAUGAUAAAAACUAACGAGGAAUCUCUCCGUCACAUGAUCACCAGUCGCGAAGCGUCCUGCGCCAAUCUGUGGAAGCGCAUCGCACAUUCUGUCCGUCAGUACGUGAGACGCACUGAUACGAGACGCCAUCACAUGGCGGAACUCCGCAAAUUGGACGCAGAGAGCGCCACAGAGAUCUCGGACAACCAGGAGCGCAUAAUGCGCUUGGAGGAUUCCAUAAAACAACUCAAAAAACAUUUCAACAACUCAACGGAAGAUUCAAAAACGCAACUCAAACUCAUGAAAAUCGAAGAAAAGAACAAGAACUUAGAAUUAAUAAAAAAAAGAAAGAAUUUAAAGAAGAACAAUGACAGCGAUAAUAGAAAAAUAACUUCACUAACAACGACUUCUAAUGAUUCUCUUUCACACUUGGUGAGAAUCUUGAAAAUAGUCGAGCACUGUCUUUUUUUAUACAGAGCGUGUAGAAAGUAUGAAACACCAAAUGAAACUUUGAACAAAUGGCUUAACAAGGAGAUAGGUUUGAAAUAUCCCUACUUUGGUUUGCCGCAAAUUCAAGAAACUUCUAUGGAUGUAUGGGAGGAUAAAGAGGAAGAAUUAUUGGAUGAUUUCAUUCUUGAAGGGACUAAACUAUUUUCUAUGAUUGAUUUUGGACAAAUUCACUUUGAAGGUCCAAAGAUAAUGAUAGACACCAAGAAAAUCAUAAGCAAAAUUUUUCCCGUCAAAAAAUCAUCUUCCAAGAGGUCUUCAGCACCUUCCAAACUCCUACGACGUUCUGGAAAAGUAAGACCAGAAACUUCAGUCUCUCUUGCUUCCAAAAUAUCAACAACAAGCCAAAUGAGUGAUAAACCAGAUGUGAGCACACUCAGUAAAGUGAUAAUUCAAGCUAAACCUUCUAUCAGCUCUUCGUCUAGUCUUUACACCACCCCAAGUAAAAUCACAGAGGUAGAGGAGGAUGAGGAAGAAGAAAGAAAAGAUUCAGAAACCUUUCCAGAAGUCCAUGCAGACAUAGCACAUUUGGACAAACUGAACCAUCUCUGGGAACUUCAGAGCAAAAUUAUAGUUGAUAUGAAAGAAUUGAAAGCGGAGAGUAAACAUUUGAGACAUGAAAAUGAACGAUUGAAGAUCAUGCUGCGAUUAGUUCUGGAAGCUGCAGCUCUCAAGAAGAGAUUAGUAGAGAGUGAUACCAUAUCUUCGGUUUCAUCGUCAAUGAGAAGUAGUUUUUCAGCUUCUUUGAGGCCUACAUAUUAUCAGUUAUGAUUUUACUCAAUUUUAUUACAUAGGCUGAAAGAUCAGCAUUUCAUAUGUAAAAUCCAGAGAAUUUUUAUAUAUUAUUUGCAUGAACUAUUCAUUAUGUAAAAGAUGUUUGAGUGCCUAGUCACUUGAGUGUUUUGCCUACCGAGAAAAUCGACAU